AUGGAAUCCUUCUUCACAGAGGGAGCCCGUGUGUGGGUGAAAGAGAAGGAGCAACUGGUUCCAGCUACAGUCAACUCCUGUGGGGAUGGGACCCUGGUGCUCACCACAGACUAUGGAGAGGUGCUGUAUCUGCAGACGGCGGAGGUCACCAGGGAGAAGGUGUACGCCAUGCACCCGUCCAGUAUUAGCGGGGUGGAAGACAUGUCGGCCCUGGCAGAGCUCCACGAGGCGGCCAUCAUGCACAACCUGCACCAGCGCUACCAGAAGGACAACAUCUACGUGAGUGCAGCUCUUAUCAAUGUGGUUGUUAUAGACACGUUGAGCAUUUUCAAUAAAUAA